GUAAUCAUAGUAGAAGACGCAGGUUCCAGCGGCAGGGUUGGUCAUAACGCGUUUGUGCGUCGUCGAGCACGCUGCAGCGGCCCCUGCCGGAUUUGCUUACGCGCGAAAACGUCUCAACAAUUGCCUGCUAGGAAGUAACAUCCUUUGGUCAUCAAAAGGAGCCUAGCAGUUGUGGUAAAAACAAUCCUAAAAGAUGACGACCGCAAGUAUGCUCCUGACGGUGGCAACUACGUGGAACGUCUCUACCGAUAAGAUUGACAAAGAGGGCUGUCUGACCAUGGCCACAAAGCAUGUCACCGCUGAAGCUGCCAAAGAAGUCCGCGAGAGUCCCUCUACGAAGGAACAGGCGCUGACCAUCAUGAGGGAGUGGAUACAACAGAACAUUGACAUCAAAAAUGUCCGACAAGAUGAGUCAUUUCUACUUCGAUUUUUACGCCACAAGAAGUACAGUAUCCCGAUGGCCCAACAAACCCUGCUGAAGUACCUGAGCUUGAGAAGAUACUAUCCCGAAAUAUUCAAGAACGUCGACUGUGAUGACCCAAAACUAAAGGAAAUUCUUAGCAACGGGUACAUAGUGGUUUCACCGGUUCGAGACAGCAAGGGUCGUCGGGUCAUCGUUUACAAUAUGAGUAAAUUCAACGCUCAUAAGUUCAACUGCUGGGACAUGUGCCGGGCUCACCUGCUGGUGUAUGAGAGCUUGCUGGAAGACUCCAUGGACCAGAUGUGCGGCUACGUGCACGUCGGGGACGGCAGCGGGGUGACCGGAGCACACAUUACCACCUGGAACCCUACGGACUUCGCCCGCCUCAUGAAAUGGGGAGAGCAAUCGAUACCCAUGCGUCACAAGGAGUUCCACUGUGUAAACGUACCGACUGCCCUCAAAUACGUCGUCGACUUCGCCGUUAGUAAAGUUACCCCAAAAAUGGCGGAGAGACUUAACAUUCAUACAAACCUAAAACAACUUCACCAGCACAUAAAUGUGGAAUGCCUACCAACGGGAUACGGAGGUCCAUUAAAAAUCGAAGAUAUGGUCAAAUACACAUUGCAGAUAGUAAACGAUCAGAAAAAGACAGUUCUUGGUCUGGACACGAUGGAAAUCCUCAGCACUAGAGGCAUCAUCUCUUCGAGGAGGCCUAACACCAUCGUAGUGAACGGAGACGUCGCGGUACAAGGGAGCUUCAGAAAGCUAGAGAUAGAUUAAGCUACUGUAUAGUUAGUACGUUAAACUCUUAGUUGUUAGUCAAUCUGUCCGUUUUACUCGUAUACUCUCGAGUACUACUGACUUUAAAUAUACUUUAGAACUGAAAAUUAAAUGCUCUGAUUAAAUAUUAUUCGUUUAGGGACCUGCAUAUUAAGAUAGAAUAAUUGUAUUUUAGUGAUUCUUGUAUCAUGUAUAAAAAGACUUUACACGGUGGAUGGCAAAUAGAAAAAUGGACAUUUACCAUUAUUUAGUACCGUUACUAAGUUGCAAGUAUCUGAUGGGCAAUACAAAAUUUUAGGCGAUUCUCCGGUUUUAUUGAAACUAAUUUUUUAUGAGACUAGGUAUUUGACUCCCUAAUUCUAUGUAAUGAAAUAUUAUAUAAUUUAUUUUGUUAACUGAUUGUUUUUUAGCAAUGCAUAUUUUAGGUUCAGUUGAAAUUUGCAAUAUCUACGGUUCUCAUAAGUGUAUAGUUACAUUUCGAACCGUCUGAGUCUUAUGAGUUAUAUUUGAUUAUUUGUGAAGAAUGGCCAAAAAAGUUCUAAAAAUGUACAGAGUCUGACGAAAUAAGUUUAUGUCAUGUAGAAAUCUCGAUUCGCCAACGUUGUUAAUUAGGUAUUUUAUUAUUCAUAGGAAAAUCUAUCCAUCAAUUCAUUGACUUAGUGUUAAGCAUUGUAUGUAUUCUGUCAUUUCCUUUCCACUAGUUUUAUAUCAACAAGGAUGAUAAGAUCCAUGACAAACUAAAUAAUGUAUGAAUUGUACUAAGUUUUAGUAAAACAACAAUAAAGGUUUUGUAUAUUACAUAAAA